CCACCACCCUCCCACUCUGACACCCCCUGUGCCUCUCUCCCUCCCCCUCCCUCCCCACCUCGUCCCCUUCCUCUCUCGGUGUGAACGGCGGCGUCACACAGAGAGAAGCGGAAGACUCCUGAGGCGUGGCGCUGGCAGCAGCCCUUGGGGUGAGCGCAGGCAGGACGGGGGUUCAUCCAACACCGCCCGGCCGAGGAGAGAAGAACCCCACUCACUCCCAGCCGAUUCUCACAGACUUCUUGGAGCCCUACUCUCGGCUAUCUCUUCGGCUCUCCCACUCAUCGACCCCGGACAGGGGUUCAGCCAACACCAUCUGGUCACGAGCGGGAGAGACCUCCUGCAGCUGAUCCACACUCCGGGCUCCCACAACGAGCCCGCCUUCGUCACGGGGUCCCCGUUAAGUACCCCUUGGGCGGCUCCUCCCCUUCGCUCGGACCUGCCACUGCUCCCGAAGAAGCUGCUUGGCCAUGCUGUGGUUGGGCAUGCGGGCUUCGUGACCCAGCCAACGCAGCCUUUCCUGCCAGAAGAGCUCACCACCCUUCAGGCCCUAAAGUUCGCAUGAAGUUCCACCCGGUGGAUCGCAGCUCACGGCUGCAAUCAUGUCAGUCUCUGGGCCGCCGUCUGGACCGUGCUCUGGGCUGGUUCUGCUCAUCGUCUUGGCUGCAGCUGUGAAUGGGCAGUUCCUGCUGAGCUCGUGCCGGUAUCCGCUGGGUGUGCAGGAUGGGCUCAUCCCAGACGAUGACAUCACGGCCUCCAGCCAGUGGUAUUCUAGCACGGCCGCCAAGUACGGCAGGCUGGAGGGCCAUGGUGGUGAUGGGGCGUGGUGCCCCGCCGGGCCCCUGCUGCCCGGCUCCGCCGAGUUCCUGCAGGUGACACUGCCCGCGGCCCACGUGGUGGCCCUCGUCGCCACGCAGGGCCGCCACGCUGGCGGCCACGGCAACGAGUUUGCCUCCCACUUCCGCCUGCAGUACAGCCGAGACGGGCAGCGCUGGAGUUUCUGGCACGACCGCCACGGCGAGGAGGUGCUGCAGGGCAACGUGGACACGAGUGGGGUGGUGGUGCGCGACCUCACGCCGCCGCUCAUCGCUCGCCACCUGCGCUUCGUGCCGCUUGCGGACCGCUCCAUGAGUGUGUGCAUGCGCGUGGAGGCGUUCGGCUGCACCUGGGACGAGGGGCUGACCUCCUACUCACUGCCCCGGGGUCAUAUGAUGAGCCGGGGGGCAGGGAUUCCACCCCUGGCACUGGAGGACGACUCGUACGACGGCUACUCCACCAGGAGCUACGUGUCGGGAGGGCUGGGUCAGCUGACGGACGGGAUGUGGGGUGGCGACGACCUGGCCCUGACCUCCGACCCCCUGGUGGCCCCCGGCUACGACUACGUUGGCUGGAACAGCUCAACACUCUCCUACGUGGAGACGGAGUUCAUCUUCGACCGCUCACGCAACUUCUCCCUCAUGCAGGUUCACUGCAGUAACCAGUUUGACCACGGGGUGAGAGAAUUCCGUGAGGCUCGCUGCUUCUUCCGUCCGAGCGUGAGCUCCGAGUGGGAGGACGACCCCGUGACCUACGCCGCUAGCAGCUGGGGACCCCGGGCUGGCACCCGGCCAGACCCCAAGGCUCGCUUCGUGCCUGUGCCACUGCUCGGCCGAACAGGCAUUGCCAUCAAAUGCCGCUUCUACUUUGCCGACACAUGGCUUCUCAUCAGCGAAGUUAGCUUCCAGUUCCAGCCAGGGCCGGACGGAAAAUCGGAAGGCCCAGAGGCCCCCUCCGAGACGUCGGCCAUCCCUGGGCAACGCGGCCUCCCCGGGCCGGCUGCUCGCACUGUCGGCAAGACCACGGGGAAGGGGGUGACUUCGAUGAGCUCAGCCACGACCUCGUCGUCGUCAUCAUCAUCAUUGUCAUCGUCUAUACCGCCAGCAGCUACAGCCGCGGGGCCCCCAAGAGGAAGGGCCCUUGAGCCAGGGCCCCUGGAGACCCCUUCAUCGGGGGGCACGGGGGCCCUGGUCGCAUCCCUGGUGGUCAUCAUCGUCGUCCUCAUCGCCAUCAUCGCCCUCAUGCUAUGGAGGCAGCACUGGAAGAAGGUCCUGCGAAUGGUCACCCAUCGGCGUCUGAGCGACAACCUCAUCACCGUCUCGCUGUCGGGGCCGCAUGACACCGCCCUCAUCGGGAACCCUCGCCCCAACGCCUACGAGGGGUCCGCCGAGGAUGGGGGGCCGGCGGAGGGGCGGGCAGGGGGCUACUGCCGUGUGUCCCCCGUGGACUUCUCCUGGACUUCCUCCUCUGGGCGCCGCCUCCCUUCGCCGCUGGCACGACGAAAACUCCCGGAGCUCCCGCAGAGCGCGGAGGACGCGGCCGGUGGUGGCGACGGUGGUGAUGGUGGCUAUGCUGAGCCUGACCUCACGAAGGCCGCCCCACGGCACGGCCGUGGUGCCGGUGACGGUGGUGAUGGUGCCGGCACUGAUGGGGGUGACGUGUUUCCCCGAUCUGGCGCCCGCGUGCCGGCGCUGGACAGUGUUCCGCCGUAUGCCGAGGCCGUCAUCGUGUCCACUGGAGUGACCCUGCCUGGUGCAGGGUGGGACGGGGUCUACGCCGUCCCCGUGGGGGGCAGCUGCGGCCCCCCCACCGAGUUUCCACGCCACUGCCUCAAGUUCCGUGAGAAGCUGGGAGAGGGGCAAUUCGGAGAGGUCCACCUGUGUGAAGUGGAGGGCAUGGACCCAGACACGAGUGCGGCUCUUGGGCUCUGUUCAUCCAAUGGAAAGCCGGCGCUGGUCGCGGUCAAAACCCUGCACCCCGACGCAUCCCAAAAUGCCAAGAGCGACUUUCUCAAGGAGGUGAAGAUCAUGUCUCGAAUGUGCGACCCCAACGUGAUGCGGCUGAUCGGCGCUUGCCUGGACGCGCCGCCACUCUGCAUGAUCACCGACUACAUGGAAGGGGGAGACCUCAACCAGUUCCUCUCCCGCCACCGGCUGGCGGAGCCGGGCACCCCACAACCAAACGGGAUCCCCGCCACCCCCUCCAUGGCGCCCCUGAUCUGCGGGGAGCGGCUGCUGUGGGUGGCGGUGCAGGUGGCAUCCGGUAUGCGUCACCUGGCCACCCUGGGCUACGUGCACCGAGACCUCGCCACGCGCAACUGCCUCGUGGGCACCGCCGCCGGCACGCUGAGCGUGCGCAUCGCCGACUUCGGCAUGAGCCGUAACCUCUACCAGGGUGACUACUACCGCGUGCAGGGCCGUGCCGUGCUGCCCAUCCGCUGGCUCGCCUGGGAGAGCAUCCUGCUGGGCAAGUUCACCGGUGCGAGCGAUGUGUGGGCGUUCGGCGUGACGCUGUGGGAGGUGUUCACGCUGUGCCGCACGCAGCCAUACUGCGGCAUGACGGACGAGCAGGUGGUGGAGAACGCCGGGGAAUUCUUUCGCAACCAGGGAAAACAGGUGUUUCUGCCAGAGCCGGAGGCUUGUCCUGAGCGCGUCCGGGCACUGAUGCUGCGCUGCUGGGUGCGCGACGCCGCCCAGCGUCCCGACUUUGGCGAGAUUCAUCGCGCGCUGAGUGCCGAACGGAACACGUGCCUACGUGACACCGCGACGCCCCAGCGGAGCCAUCCAUUGACCUCCAUCGCCUGAAGACCAAUGAUGAUGAUAAUACAACAACAAUGAUGAUGAUGAUGAUACAACAACGAUGAUGAUGAUAAUACAACAACAAUGAUUAUGAUAAUACAAUAACGAUGAUACAACAAGUAUUAUGAUAAUACGACAGAAUUUCAACAAUCUGCAUUGAUCUUGUGGUGGGGGGGGGGGGGGGGGGGCAGAGGGUGUGCCGUAUCAUCGCAGAACCUGAAAUUCGCAGAACACCGCCGAUGUCAGGCUUAUAUAUUGUGCAACGAAAUUGUCUGUGCCUCCAUGGUGUGCCACGGAUUAUAGGAGGGAAGAACUGCACGAUGUCCAUGAGUCCAUGAAAUGUUUUUGGAUUCCAGUGACUCGUGACUCAAGUAAUCAGUGGAUUACACGAAGCGCCACACGUGACCCGCGACUAAAGUAAUUCUCGAUAAAUGUUUGGAUUUCUAGUAAAACACUUUUUUAGACUUUGAUUUGGAAGUCUUCGAAAAAGAAAUGGAAUUUUUUUCUUCUUCCGCUUAACGAGUCACGUCAGUUAAAGCCAGUCCGCGGAUACAACACCAAAAUGAUAAAGCUCGGGAACGACUUCGCCGUCACAGAUUUCCCUGCAGCUCUGAAUUAUCCCCCGUCCACUUCCACAGAUCGCGGCUCUGCAGCCCGCGAAGUGUUUUCCACUCUGCCGUGGUGUACCACGGAUUACAGAAGCAACAAUAGAGAUUGAGUUCGUCGUCACGUGCCGUGCUUACCCUGUAAUCUGCACAUUUUUUCACAAAUUUCAUUCUUCCCAUGAUCCAUGACAUCACCAAGUCGGUGCUCAUGAUUUCAUGAAUGAUAAAACGAUUGUCCCACCAGAGAAGAACCAGAUUCCAGGUGAUGCGUUGAUAUGUUCCCCCGAUAUUCACGCGGAUUAUUUGAUUUAUUUUUCAACAGCAGCACAGAUGGAUUUUGUCACGUGUUUAUUUCACGUAUAUGAUUCACAUAUCCCAUAAGAAAACUGGAAUUUUAUGUUCUCAUUAGUAGAAAAACUGCUUGGAUAUUAACUCGAAAGUUCACCUUAUUUGCUUCUUUAAAAUGCCUUAAAAAUUUUAAGUAUAGGUCGCAGUGUACACAGGAAGUUGUGGAUUUUAUCCCGACCCUGAUGCCUGCUGUAUAUUCGGAGUUUUCAUCUUUCUCUCUCCCCGUGGUCGCGUGGAUUUUUCUCCGGGUCCGCCAGUUUUUCCCGCCACCUUUAGAAACACACGUGUAAAGUGUUUGGCUGCUAUACAUUUCCACACGAUGAUGAUAAGCCACUUCGUUGAGCUAUUAUUUGUGAUAGCCAUGGUCACUUCUGAAAAAGAGAUACGACAUAGCAGCUCAGUGGGGCCUUACCUGGUAAAAUUAAAAGAAUGUUUUAAAAAUUCUUCUCAGAUCCCGACCCCCCCCACCACCUCUGUGCACCCAGCAGUGUAAAUGGGUCACUACAGUCCACCGGCAGGUCUUUUUACGUGGGAUUCAUUUUGUCUGGCUGGUAUGGAAGAGUAGGCCAAAUGCCUCCAGUGGAGGUCCUUGUGCCUGAAGCGGUGUGAGAAUGCAAUUUGCAGGGCUGUGCCCCAUUGCGUUUUCUUUUAGGCCGAGCACGUGCCCUUGCAUGCCUAGAUCCCCUAACCUGCUGUGUGGAGCUGGUGUCCAGGCAAUGGGGGAGGGCUGGGGCAGGGUCUCUCGGGCCCUGCUCAUAGGCUGCCCUGUGUUAAUCAUUAGAGCUGAGGCCUUUAUGUGGCCAUCAUGGCUUCUAAUGGGCUAGGAACGUGAAAACUUUGUAAGACGAAAGUAGUUGGGCUGCGGUGAUUAGCACGUUGAAGAAUGUGAUGUUACGUCCAGGAUGUUUGCACGGUUUAUCUUCAGCUCAUGGCUUCCCCUCAGACUAAGGGACAUUUAGGCCAGACAGCCCUUAUUAACUUCGAUUAUGAAUUCCUUGUCCGACUAUCCAUCAAACAAAGAUGGUCACGUCAAUGCGCAGCUCUUUCAGAUGCGAUUCCGCGGCCGUCUGGAACGCUCUUUUGAUAUUAGGAAGCCACUGGAGCUAUGCACUUUUAAAUCAUCAUCUAGAUUGAAAAACUCAUAUCUUUAGAACUGCUUUUUGUGUUUAGUUUGUGAUCCUUCCCCCGCCACACUUCAGAUUGGCAUGGUUGGCUACGUACAGUACAAAAGACGUUCAGCAUACAUCCGUACAAUCCCUUCACUUGUUUAUAGGUCUUUUCACCUCAGCCUGAGUUAGGGAUGCCACCUGUUCUGAUUUUUCCACGAUCGUCCCCUUGUCUACGAAUUAGGUUCUAGGUUGUUUUCUCGUCAAGGUGACAACACCAUAGCUACCCAACGAUCCCUUUACCUGGCUCAGGUCUUUCUUUAACUUGUUUAUUGAGCCUUAACAUGGCCUAAGGCAUUCCUUUAAUUUUUCUAACCCAGCCUUAAGCGCCAUUUACCUGUGAACCCUGAACUUUGCCUUCCCUUAACUUGCACUGUGGUGCCCUUUAAUUUGAAUUCAGGCAUAUUUUAUCUUUGGUUUCCCAAUGGCCUUCUAAGGGUUCCUUAGCCUAAGAUUCACAUCGAUUCUUUUUAGACUUGUUAUUUUCAUCUAAGGCUGCCUUCGCUUGAGAGCCCAAUUACUGAACUCGGACUAACGUUCCUAACAUAUCAAUACUGCCAGUGGUAGUGAACGCUGUUUUUUUAAUAUACUGUAUUUCCACGUCUUUCUUUAGGCUAAGUUAAGUGAGAUAUAUUGCGACGAACGCUGUAAAUGUUUUAAUCCACGUGCUGGUGCACACGUAAGAGAGCGUUAAUGUAUUAACGUGGCUUUGUAUUCGUUUCUGCUGGAAGCUACUGUCAUUUUAUAUGCAAUAGUCCCUCGGUUAACGGUGACUGUCGGUUAACGUUUUUUUGUGAAUGUUUCGCCUCCCAUAGGGACCCCCAUGGUCUAGACCAGGGGUCGGCAACCUACGUCUCCGAAGCCGCAUGCGGCUCUUUACAGGCUGCUUCUUGACGAUAUGUACGUAUGUACAGUAUGUGCUCAGAUGCAUUGCGGCUCUUGAAAUACUGAAUUUUGUACCGAAUUGGAAAGAAAUGGCUCUUCUUGUUAUUUUGGUUGCCGACCCCUGGUCUAGACUGACCUUAACAUGUUGACUAACGGUACCAUGUUUAUGUUAUGCACGCAGUGGCGCCUAUUUCAGCCAAUCCGAGCACCCAUAAGUGGGGCUGAGCCAUGCCCUCAGCCAACGUCAUUCCUGUACUCGAUUAACAUGGAUUUCGGUUAACUUAGUUUUUUUCGUGGAAUGUAUAAAAAAAACGUGAACUGAGGGACUACUGUAAUUUUUAUAUUUCCAUUCGCUGCUAUGAUAGAAUUAGCGCUUGCCACCAGGCCAAGUUAAACCAUACGUAGGUAUUGCCGGGUCUGCAGGAUGGCGCAGUGGUCACCCUUGCGCCUCACAGGAAGAAGGGCCUAGGUUACAUACGCAGGUGCCUUUCUCCAUGUAGUUUGUUGCGUGUUCUCUCCUUGUUCUAUUUGGGUUCCCCCCCCCCCCCCCGGAAUUACAAUUGGGAUUACACGUUACUCCCCUACUGUGAAAACUUGGCAGGAUUCUCCUAAAAUAAAAUUUAUUUUGUGGGUAAAUGAGCAUCACAAUAAAAACAAUUGCGCAGCCUGGAA